AUGGCGCUGACGCCAAAUACGAUCUCCAUGCUGCGUCAAUUAGGAAAAAGAUAUCUGUUAGGGUUGAUCACCAACGGCCCGUCGAAUGCUCAGUGGGAGAAAAUACACAAGCUGUCCUUACAACAGUAUUUUAACGUUAUCCUUGUCUCUGGUGAUCUACCGUGGGAGAAACCGAAGGCAGAAAUAUUUCGAAAAGCUUGCCACUUUCUCAAUGUAAGACCAGAAAAAUGCAUUAUGGUUGGCGACAAAUUGGAGACCGAUAUUCUAGGAGGAAUUGAGGCAGGUCUUUGUGGAACUGUGUGGAUACCAACCGCGGAUAAAUUUCGUCUUUUAAGAGAUGGUCCUAAACCAGAUUUCAUAAUAAAACACGUAACGGAACUUAUGAAUAUACUGAAUAGAAGUCCUAACGCACCCGAACUCGAAGACUGUUCUUCAAAUGGAUCCGAUGGCAGUUAA